AUGGAGUUGGCGGACGGCACCAUUGACAUUGUGCAUCCCGAAGUGCGAGCCCACGUCAACAGUCUCGUAUCUGCUCUGGGAGGUAUCAGCGCCGACGACGAUGGCCGGUAUCAGCUGGGUGACGACGCCCUCGAGGUCCUCCGGGAUCUCAAGCGCUGGAUACGAUUCUACGACGAAAAGACGAACCGCAUGGAUGUUGCGCGAUGCAUCUACGAAGCGAACCUGAUCGAGGGUGACUUGCUCCCCAUCCUAGCGACAUGGCCCGAGAACGCCAUGGACAGCAAGUUCAAGUCAAGAAUGGCGCUGGCUUGCUUUGAGCUCAUGGUUCCCCUCACCUGGCCGAUGGAGCGCGACAGGGAGCGCAUGACUGUGAAUCAUCACCGUCACAUGCCUGUUCUGGAGCUGGCGCAGGUGGCAUACAAGAGGGCUGUCAUCAACUUUGAUGGAGCAAGAGUCCUUCACACAGCAGUUCGAGUGGCCCUUCCCUCGAUGGCGAUACCAAUCGGCGAUCGAACUCAGCGCGACCAAGGAAUCAUCAAGCUAGUUCUCUUCUUCCUCCGCAAUAUUGCCAUGAUCGAGCCUCCCCCUGACGUCAAAUACGAUGGCGACGAGUCCCAGAUAUCGAGAUCAGCUACCAUCGACGCCUUUUCCUACCAAGACAUCUUUAUGGUGCUUCUUACCCUCGCUUCCAACAUGGGAGAUGACUUUAGGACUGAGGAUACGUCUGUUAUGGAGGUCAUAUACCACUUGGUCAAGCAAGUCGACAUCGAGAAACUAUUCAUGAACGAGCAGCAGCUGAGCAAGGCUAAGGCUGGGGAACUCGCUGCCAUGAUGAAUAAGGAGUCUUCGAUGCUGAAAGCGUACAAUCGAAAAGGACCGACACGACAUAACCGGUUCGGCACCAUGAUAUGGGUCAAGAGAGAGGAUGGCAAGAUGUCGUCACUCUCGGGACAAGAUGCACUCGCUGAUGCCUCGAUGCGAAAUCAGAAGUUGGACAACACCAAGACAUUCCGACCACCUCGCCGAGCACGGAAAGCAGACAAGGAUGAGAAGGACCUUGGACUCCCAGCCAAGCUCAACUCGCGAGCUUACGACCAACUGAGAUCGUUUGUGGAGGAAUUUCUCGACUCUGGCUUCAACCCCCUAUUUCAGCAUAUCCGCAAGUCGAUUGAUCGAGAGGCUCCGUAUCUCAUGCAGUAUCACCGUCGUCAGUUCUUCUACCUGGUUGCAUGGUUCCUCGAAGCGGAGCGCAUGAGACGCAAGGCGAGGAAGCAGGCUGGCAAGAAGACCGAUGAGGAUGUCAGCAGCUUCAACCUUGUUGCUGGCGUUCUCAACCAAGAGAUGUUCAUCACCCUCAACAAGGCUCUUCAUGAGUCUCUUGACAUGAAGGACUGGCAUGAGCUCACUGCAGUCAUGCGCUGCUUCACCCAGAUUCUCCUGACAGUUCAAGAGAUGUCGGAUUCUGGAAAUGAAGACAACGAGGAGAUCGCCGAGAACGUCCUUAGCCGUCUCUUCUAUGAAGAGGCUACUCACGACGCCAUCGCAAACAUUAUCCGAAGCUACAAAGAUCAGGGCUUCAACUAUCUUGACGCCGCCACAGAACUUGUCCAUCACUUUUUGCGUAUUCUAGAAGGAUACUCGAAGCAAAACAUUGACAUGCAAGUCCGCUCUCGAAAGCGCACUCGUCAGAAGAAGAAGGCAGCGCAGGAUGCAGCAGGGGUCGACAAUGACAACGAAGAAAACGACGAUUCAGAUAAUGACGCCCAGACUGCAGAGCGCACGACAAAGGAACGCAAGUUCGACUUUCAUCGAUUUGCGUCACGCUUUACUCCUCAGGGUGUGGUCGAUACCUUUGUGGCCUUUGCCAAGUUCUAUCGUGACAUGAACGAUGAACAGCUGAAGCGGAUACAUCGGUACUUUUACCGCGUAGCUUUCAAGCAAGAAGCGAGUGUCAUGCUCUUCCGUGUAGACAUCAUCAAUCUCUUUUACAAUAUGAUCAAAGGGCCUGCUGCGUUGGACAAGUCGUCUAGUAUGUUCAAGGAAUGGGAAGAGCUGGUCAAGCAGAUCUUGCGCAAGUGCUUCAAGAAGAUCGAACAACGACCGGAGCUCAUUGUAGAAAUGCUCUUCAGCAAGCUAUCAGGAACCGCAUUCUUCCUCGAAUAUGGCUACGAGCGACAGACAGUGACCACAGCCAGCAAGACGAAACCUGGAGCAGAGCUUGUCUUCAAGGACGACACGGAGGAACUGGAUCGACAAAUCGCCAUCGUGGUGGGAGCGAUGUUGGACAAGAAUCAGGGAGAACAUAUUGCUUGGCUCAAGAAGAUUCUUGGUGAAGCCGAGACUGAGCGACGAGCGUGGGCCGACGCUCAGGAGGCGAUGCCUCCAGUCGAACCAAUACAAGAUGACGAGGAAGAACAACCGACAGUGCCAGAGCCAAAGACGGCUCCAAUGUUUUAUGUUCGUCCGGAUGACAAUGCCCGCCGAACAACCAUGUUCAAGAACUCCUACUUCCGUCUGUUGAUGAACCUCAGCGGUCUCCGACUUCUCAGCCCAGCUUCAGAGGAGACACCCGAGUCUGCGUGGAUCAUACCUGGAGACUUGUCAGCCGAUGGCCUCAAGGAUGCCAUCCACUUCAUUAACCAAGCCGAGUUCAGCCCUCCAACUUUCGAGGAGGGCGUCCUUGCAGAACAUCAGCUCAAGCGCAAGCCUCCUCCGCCAAAGAAGGCAGCUUUCGAUGAUGAUGACGACGGUGAUUUGGAUGGGGUGCCACUAUUCCCCGCGGGCGGACCUACAGUGCGAAAGGUCAUUGAUGAGAAUGGCAAAGACAAGCCCAAGAAGACACGCAAGAAGCGGCGGCCGCUUACCGACGCCGAGAAGGAAGAGGCGAAGCGAAAGAAGAAAAAGAGCGCGCACGAAAAGCUCAUGAACAUCAAGUCGACCGAAUUCGUAAGAGACAGCGACGACGAAUUCACACUGGAAGAGGACGAGGCCUUCUUCGCCCGAGAGCGCGAAAUCGCGGCGCAGGCUGCGCAUGCUAGGGCGACUGCUCUGGGCGAGGACGCCGUGGUGGGCAAGUCAGGUCGUGGUCCUGCGCUUCGCAAGCGUGAGGAGGACAACGAGGAGGAGACUUCACAAGAUGACAGCGAUGGAGAAGCCCGCAAGAGGAGGCGUGUCAGCACUGAGAGUGAGAGCGAGGACGAGGACGAGGACGAAGAUGAGGAUGAGGAUGAAGAGAUGGGUGGGAUGGACAAUGCAGCUGACAAGGGGGCUGGCAAGGAAGCUGGCAAGGAGGUCGACAAGGAGGCCGACAAGGCUGAUGAGGACGAAGAUGUGGCGCCAGUAGUUGCACGAAGACCGAGAGCUCGAGGAGGCUUUCUCAUGGAUAGCGAUGAUGAUGAGUAG